AUGAUGUUAUUCAAAUUACUUGUAGUAAUUAUUUUAGUUUAUUUAAUAGUGGCUGAAAAAGAGAUAUCUGUCAAUGAACCAUUCCAUAUGCGUGCUCGUUUAUAUAACUCAUAUUCAGCAUCGGUUCAAUUUGAAAUCGAUCAAUCUUACUUACAUUUUCGCAAUUGUCAACAAUACCAGUUUACAAUUACUCGAAAUCGCGAACUGACCCAUUACAUGCCCGCACAAAAUUUUACAUUUUGGAGAAAUUCCGUGGAACUGAUACAUUUAGCCGUCGGUUUUUAUAAUGUAUGCGCAAUCGUAUGCAGUGAACAAUUUGUCAAUAAUGAUUCAAUAGUCACAAUCAAUUGUUUAACAUUUCGUAGUCAACGAUCUUAUUUUCUAUUUUUAACAUUAUAUUUGUUAGUAUUUAUGAUUUUGGCAUUUUCACAAUUUGUUUUUACAUUGAAAAAACGAAAAUUUAAAGCACAUGUCAAAGCAGCAUUGUCAGAUUUAGAACUAGCACUGCAACGUCUACGUACACCAUCAAUGGAACCAAACGAAAAUUUAACAAUUCAAAAUCUACUUUUGAUACCAACACAGUCACACAUUAUGACAGAUGAAUCAAAUGUUAUACUGUUUAAUCAGCCAUCUGAACAACAAUUGAAAAAUGAAAAUGAGUUACAUCAUACAACAAUCGGACAAUUACUUCUUAAUAUAGAACGUUUGCGAACACCAAUUGAAGGUAAUAAUACAUUACUGGAAGAAAGAGAUAAAAAGUUAGAUGUUAUAGACGAAUCAGAUUAUUAG